GGAAACGCUUCUCACCUCUGGGUUGUCGUGGAGACACUCCUCACCUGGACAGUAGACUCCGCCCUGCAUUAACCGGAAUUAUAUAGUUUACACCUGGCGGCUAGAUGGAAUAAGGAAGUAAUCUGCAUAGGCUAAUCCUAAUCCACAGACAAAGGCCAUUUUAAUCGGAGGUCUUCUCGGCAGGCUGGGCUCGUCUGGCUGGGUCUGUAGGAUUGAUCCAGCAAAGAUUGGAGGAUACCCCAAAUCUAUUUCUCCAAUAGGAAUCCCAGAUCACGCUUGUGACAGCACGCACAUGGAUCUAAUCUUCCUCUCUCCCAUUGACCUCAAUACAACCACAUGGUGAUCUGUUCAACUACCCCUGUUCUGUAGUUGUUCAUGGAAGUAAUUGUUGGAUGUGCCUCUAAGUUUAAACCCUCUCUGACUCUCUACCUACUAUAGGUAGUAAUCGGCUUUUGCACAGAAGGCUGUAGUGAAUGGAGGUGGAUGGAAGCGCCUUUGAUGUGGUUUAGAUAAUCUAUUGUUUGCUUUUGGCUGUCUGGUGACAUGUUCGGCAGUGUGAAGAAAAUAAUCUCUCUGUUUGAGACUCGACGGCAGCCUCGCCCCCUCUCUCUACCUCCUUCCCUCCAUCCAUCUCUCUCUCCAUCUCUAACUCCUUCCCUUCCUCCAUCUCUCCCUCCAUCUCUAACUCAUUCUCUUCCUGCAUCUGUUUCUUCAUCUCUUCCCCUAUCCCUCCCUUCCUCCCUAUCCCCUCUCAGGUCCAGUAAAAAAGCCCCCCAGUCCCCCUUAAAGAGACACUCCUCUCCUUCUGGCUCCCUCUCCAGCUGCCCUUCCUCCUUCUCCAGCUGCCCUUCCUCCCUCUACCCUCAGACCAAACCCAGACCCCCCCUUAACCCCCCACCUGUCCACCAACCACUACAACUUCCUGCUAGAUGGAGAGUAGGAGAAGAAGGCAGGGAGGGAGUGAGUGAUACGGGUUGGGGUCAUGGAGGGCUGAGAGGUCGUGGGGGGGUCAGGGUUAGGAACUCAUGGCCGAGCGGACGGCAGGAGCUUCAGAUAAGAAACCAAACAUCUGUCACCAUGGAGAUUCCACAACACUUUUGGACCGCAACUAAACCUCAAAUCCAGACCACUACUCAACCCCAACCUCAACCCCAGACCACUAUUCAACCCCAGACCACUACUCAACCUGAACAUCAACCGCAGACCACUAUUCAACCCCAGACCACUGUUCAACCCCAACCUCAACCCCAGACCACUACUCAACCCCAACCUCAACCGCAGACCACUAUUCAACCCCAGACCACUACUCAACCUGAACAUCAACCGCAGACCACUACUAAACUCCAGACCACUACUCAACCCCAACCUCAACCCCAGACCAAUACUCAACCAAAACCAAAACCUCACCCGCAGACCUCUACUCAACCCCAGACCACUACUCAACCCAAACAUCAACCCCAGACUACUUCUAAGUCUCAACCUCAACCCCAGACAACUACUCAACCCCAACCUCAACACCAGACCCUGGCCCCGCUCCCAUCCUGGUCGCUGUGUCUGAAGGGUACACCUUCUGUCCGGAAUGCUGAGGCAGCCCUGCUGCUCUUCUGCCACAGUGGCUCCAGUAGCAGUAAGAUUGCAAUUGACAACAAGAUUGAGCAAGCCAUGGACUUGGUGAAGAGCCACCUGAUGCUGGCUGUGAGAGAGGAGGAGGAGCUACUGAGGAAGAGGAUCAACCAGCUGUCAGAGAGGAAUGCCCAGCUGGAGAGAGAGAACUACAUACUGAGAGCACUGAGAGACAGACAGAGACACUAACGCACUCAUCCACGCACACACAAACACACACAUACACAAAGAGAAGUUAACAGUAUUAGUACAUGCCUUUCAUUUUCUAUUUAAAGGGGUGUUUUGAUUAGUCCUGUAAAAUGUGUAUUUAUAUUUAACCUUUAUGUACCCAGACGAGUCAAGAACAUAUUC